UCAUCCUUCUGUCUUCCACGUGCUCGUCGUCGUCUUCUUCCCGCGGAGGACAGAUCUUCUGCGUCGCGGGGGUAUCCGUCGUCGUCACGCCACAACAGCAUGGGAGACAUAUUUCUCGCCCGAUUGGCGACACUUCAAACGGCGGUCGGAGAAGCACUUCCCGCUCAUCCGAUCACACCGCCAAGCUCGCCUACAAAGGUCGCCACGAAGCAUGUCUACGCGAGGGAACACCCGGGGAAGAAGCGCGGCAUAGUCCCUGACGACAACCAAGGGCAGGGAAGAGGUCGGCGACAUGCCCCGAAAGCGAAGAGGGUGCGUUUGAAAGAUGUGUCAGCAAGGGUGCCUCGUUGUGGACCGCAAGGUUGGGCGGCGACAGCGGAAGGGGACUACAGGAAAGAGUUCACGACGGAGGAGGAGCAGGCAGAGGCGACCACGUCUGCAGUACGGGAGAGUGGUCGACAACGCUCUUCUGAUAAGAGCACUUCGAAGAGGAUGCUGACCCCUCCACCCGAGGCGCAGCAGCUGCGUGCCCGCGAUACGCGGACAGAGAAGGCUGCCGUCGUCGAUCUUGGUGGCGAGGAUGACGAGCCCUUGGAUAGAAGUUGCAUGCCCACUCAUACAACGACGACCCCACCGCCGGCGGUGACGCCACGCGCUGCUGUAAAUGAAAGACCAGUCUCGGGUAGGCUGCCCGCCACGCCGUCUCAGCCACGUCAGCGCAACGAGGGUGGUGACAGAGGGUCCGUCGAACGCGGCGGUGGGGGGGGAGUCGUGGCAGAGGCGCGCGCAGUUGGGGCCGAAGCGGCAGGUGCUGCGGGGGUGGGUGGUUCAGGCACUGUGGCCCCCAUUGCGACGGCGAGAGAGGAGGCAGCAGUUGCGGCGACGACGAGAGAGGAGGCGCGUGGCGAAAAGAAAGGCGAUCGGGAGGGCGGCGAGCCCGGUUCAAGCCAGGUACAUAGGGGAGUGAUGACAAAAGACCUCAUCGAUCGUGCCGUCCUUUGGGUCGAUGACAAAGCUUUCUGGACGACGGGGGAGGGGCAAAGACUGUACAACAUCGUCCACGAUACGAAAGAGUACUUCGUCGCCAUCGCCAGCGGACUUCCACCGCCUGCCGUCCCUCGGAGCGUCGUACUGCCCAAAUCCAGCACGCGCGUAGGCAGGAUCGCCGACCAAUCAGAGCUGCAGCAAGCGAUCUCCCGGGUGGCUGACUGCUUCAGGCUGUUGUUGGCGGCCUGCAUGUGGAUAAUGCGCAUGGCGGGGGACGAUCCGCGCAACCACUAUAAGGCUUUCUACUUCGCGAACCUCGUGGCGAAGCCCUUCAAGCCCACACUCGUGGCGUCCAUGCAUCACUCCUUCUAUCAUCGACGAACUGUCGUCCGCGCCGCGAAAGUCAUCACAGAGAGGCUCGGGAAGGCGAACGCUACGUUCGGACAGUACCCCGACUACAUCCCUCAAUGGGCACCCUGCGGCAUUGGUUUCAGGCACGACGCGAGCAUAACGGGGCCGGAGGAUGCGAAGAAGCUAGAUUGGUUGGGUUCGGGCCCCCCCGAUGAUGAGAACAACAACGACGAGAAAGAUGACGCGUAAAGGGGGGG